AAAUUUGUUUGAUCUCUCGUCUACUGUCGGCGAUUGUGCCAUUAGCUGUGAAUCAGCUGCUUGGUGCUAAUAGUUAGUGUAAUCUUCUCGGUUACUCGUAUAGUGUUCAUAUAUCUGAUCAUGCAACUGUGUAUCAGUUAUAUUUGGAACUCGCAGCUAGACAAGUCGAAAUGGAUGCAAUAUUGAAAGUUAUCUUGUUGAUCAGUUUUUAUUUUAUUGCUGUAACUAUGCACUUUGGAUUGUGUGAUGAUGUUCCGUCCGCCGAUGCAGACACAGUUGUAACAGAAAGUGAAGAACACUACACCGCACCAGAUGACUUUGACUUUUAAUGGAUUUGUUAAUCAAACAUUUAAUCCCAAUCAUAGAUAAAUAAAUAAAGAUUCUUUUAGCAUCUCCCAAA